AUGACAGUUUUAAAUAAAAUAAAAACUUCAAUUAAAAAUUUCCAUAUCAAAGAUAUUAGUCCAAUUAAAAAGGAUGAAAAAAGAGAAAGAUAUUUAAUUUUUGGAACUUCUUUUCCUCAUUUUGCAAGAAUGCUUGGAGUAAUUUUACUUUUAUGGGCAGUUUUCAUAUCAAUGUUUUUAGGUUUAUUACAUGGUUAUACUAGAAAUAAAAAUCAAUUUAAAGCAACUGCUCUUUAA